GAGAGGGAAGAGGGGAGAGAGAUACUGAGUGUGUAUUAAGAGAGAGAGAGAGAGAGAGAGAGAGACGCGGUCUGGCGUCUCCUGGUAGUAAAUCUAUCAGGUCUCGAGCACAAAAACUCCGAGAAACAGAGAGAAGAGAAAGAAGAGAGAGAAGAGGCCUCGUGGAAAUCUCAUCGCUUUCCUGGUACCUGGAGCAGCUCGUGAAGCCGUGGAUUAAAAAGCCCGACUAGAGGACGGAUGGUCGCGCGGACGGGCUGCGCGCUCUGAAGUUGGACCGACUACGGAGGACACCGAAAGCAGACGGCAGGAGCAGCUUUUGCCACCCCCCACCCCCCACCCCCCACCUCCCGUACCUGGUGAAGGCAGCGGAGGCACCGGGAGGGUUCGCCCGCGAAAGCCCGAUCAUGAAGCUGCCUUGGCUGCUGGCGCUCACCGCGCUGCUUGCGCACACCGCCACGGGACAGACUUGGUCCCCGUCUAUUGAUGACGAAGGCUCGACGAGAGACGAGUUCUACGACGAUGAGGACCUCUACUCGGGCUCCGGCUCCGGCUUCAGCCCUCAACACAACUGCACAUCACAGCGAACAUCUGUUCUUGGCAUCAGUGUGAGGCCGACAUCGGCAGGUGUGUCCUUCACGACAGAAGAGCCCCUCCUCCUCUCCACCACGCAGGCCAACGGCCCCGCCCCCUCCGCCUCACCUGCAGCUGAGCCAAGCCCCAACCCGGAGGAGCCCAUCGUCACCCCGAUGCCCACUGAAGCUGAUGGAGAGAGUGGUAUAUUCUGGGAAAACGAGAGUGAGCUGGAGAAGGAGAGAGAGAGAGAGUUGGAGAGGGAGAGAGACAAGGAGCAAGAGCAAGAGACGCAGAGGGAACUGGAGAACGAGAGAGAGAGGGAGAAACAGUUGGAGAGGGAGAGGGAGAGGGAACGAGAGAGGGAGCGGGUCCGAGAGAUGGAGAGAGAGAAGGAGAAAGAGAGAGAACGCGAGCGAGAGAGAGAGCGAGAGAAAGAGAGAGAGAGGCAGAAAGAGCGUGAGCUUGAAAGAGAGAAAGAGCUGGAGCGAAUCAGGGUCGCCGCCCAGACCACCGCCGCCCCACGAUCCCCUGCAGCCAUCCCCGUGGUGACCACCAACCAGACAACCAGCCCGGCAGAAAGUGAGGCGCCCUAUGCCGGUUCGGACGACCUGAGCACCACAGAAGAAGAAGAGGACGUCUACCUGUCGCCUGAACCCUCAGCUUAUUUCCCAGUCUUUGACAUGGAAGCCACCACAGAAGAUGACAUGUCCACGACAGCAGAGACCACCCCCGAGCCAAUGACAGCUGCACCCGCCACCAACACCACCACCACCAACACCACCACCACCACCACUGUCAAGACCAGGGUCCCCUUCAGGCCCAGGGUUCCCAUGACGACAGGCACUCAAGCGGUGCCAACAGAGGGAACGAGCCAUCCGCAGCAGCCCACAACUACACAGGAGGGUAACAACGAGGCGGGUGCUGCAGGGCCGAGUGGAGACUUCGAGAUCCGCGAUGAUCAUCGUAAUGGUCUGGGUCGAGGGAUAAUGCCAGUGGAUCCCGAUCUGAUCGGCAACACGGUGGACGCAGGAAGCUCUGCCGCCCAGCUGCCACAGAAGAACAUCCUGGAGAGGAAGGAGGUGUUGAUAGCUGUUCUGAUUGGUGGACUGCUGGCGGUGGUUUUCGCUGACUUCCUGGUCAUCGCGGUGAUAGUGGGAGGAGUAGUGGGCGCCUUGUUUGCGGCCUUCCUCGUGAUGUUGCUGGUCUACAGGAUGAAGAAGAAGGACGAGGGGAGCUACACACUGGAGGAACCCAAACAGGCCACCGUCACCUACCAGAAACCAGACAAGCAGGAGGAGUUCUACGCAUAACAUUCAGAGACUGGACAGAGAAAGAGAGAGAGCGAGAGAGAAGAGAGAAAUAUACUCUAAGCCCCCGUACUCCUCGCCUUCCUGCUCUUCUUCUUCUUCUUCUUCUUUUUCUUUUUCUUUUUCUUCUUCUUCUUCUUCGUUGCCUCCCCCUUGUCUGCUUGCCUCUCCUCAUCCCUCUCUCCUCUCCUCUCCAAAACACUUGAGAGCGCCUCUCUAUCUGCAGACUUGGAACUUUCUUUUCAAUGAAAACGAAAAAGAGGAAAACAAUUAAUAAAAAUCCAAAUAUAUUCUGAAAAAAGAACACAUACACAUGAGAUGUUUUUAAAGUAAGUGUUGUUAUUACUAUUAUACAGAUUCUCUUGUUGUGUAUGUAAUGAUAUGAUUAUUUUGUAAGAAAGACAAAACGAAACACAAGCUCUUCACGUGUGUUUUCCAGCACAAACAAAGUUCCUCCUCUGUUUUUUUUAUGGAGCGAUUGAAAAGGCGAAAGCGAAAAGGGAGAGGAGAGGGGCGAGCAGAGCGAGACACAAAAGAAAAAGAGAGCAACGGGCUCGACUCUGCCCCUCACCCCCCAAAAACACACAGGGCGUCUGGUUGGCCGCACAGAGCCCAGGGUCAAAGGUGAGAGGAAAGGUCUCUUUUGUGCCUUCCAUCCCUCUGGUGCUCAAAGACGCAGACGCACAUCCAUACAGCCACAUAAACACAUGCUUGCACACAUACACACACAUACACACACACUUGUAUCUGCUCGAAGGUGGCUCGGACCUCUCUCUGUGCUCGGCCAACCAGAAAACAGUGCUCACCCCUCGGUGUGUUCCACACCGUCGAGGAGCCGCUGUGGGAACAUCAGCGGGUUUGAGGUUUGCUUUCGCGGCCACUCUGCUCCUCUACGCUGUACAAAGACUCGUUACGGAUAGUAAUAACAACCAAUAAUAUAUCAAUGUUUUGGGCUGGAUGGUGAAUAAUAAUAAUAAUACCGUAAUAAUAAUAAUAAUGAUAAUAAUACGUAAACAGGAGGAUGUGUAUUUAUCAGUUUAAAAAAAGUGUAUAUGUAAAUAUCAGCAUUUCCUUUCUGACAUCACUAAUCAUCUGCAUGAUCAUGAAGAGUUUUUAUUCAUCACAUUCAUCAUCACUUUAGAUGAGCUGUGCUCUCGUCAGCCACAUGAACACACACACACACACGCACACACACACAUAUAUAUAUAUACACACAAACACACACACACACACACACACAUAAGUGCAGAUAUGUAACUUGCUGUGCAUUUAGAUACACCACACAGACUUUAAGUAUCCUGUUAAUCAUAUCAUUCAAACCCAUUAUCAUCACUGUCAAUGUGAUAGUCUUCACUUGGGGUACGAGCGAGAUUAGGUGGUUUCAAUAUGUUAUUGAUUAGUUAUCGAUCAGUUGCCGGUUGGUUUAGAGUUUGGUCUGUUUGUGUAAAAGCACAACUACGUGUCUCGUCAUCACAUCACCCGAUAAUCCUCCCUCCGACACGCACCUUUAGCAUGCCUCACUUUCUUUUUCUUCCACCAUUGGCUCUCUGUUUGGGGAUGGGAGGGGCCUCUGGGAAGCUGGGGGGCCUUUCAGGAAAAACCAGGAAGUGUGAAUCCACGCAGCAAGUUGCUUUUAGAUGUGCUAAUUCAGUCAAAAUCUUUUGUCAGUAAAGCUUUGGUUAUGAGUAGGAACAGAUUCUGAAUUAGUGUUCAUGGGGUCAACUUUAACCUGCUGUUGGGGUCUUUUUGGGGAGGGGACAUUGGGGCACCGGGGUUUGGUUUGGGAAGGGGAAUGUCAGAAGGAGGGCUGUGCUUCUAUCGAAGAGAUUGUAACAAUAACCACACCAGUGCGACUGGGCGAGUAGCUUCUAUUAUACUCAGUACUGUAGAACAAACAUGCAUGGGAGUCAAAACUAUACUAGUCUGGGUGUGUGUGUAUGCCUGUGUGUGUUUUUGUGUGUUUGAAAGAGGGGUGAGUUAAAGUUGGACUGUACUGUGGUUGAGUGUGUGUUUACCUACUCCAGCAGUUCUCACGCUCUUCCACAGACGGGUAACACACCUCUUCCACUCAUGUGUGUGUAUGUUGCCUGCCCCCUCGCCAGUGUAUGUGUGUGUGUGUGUGUGUGUGUGUGUGUGUGUGUGUGUGUGUGUGUGUGUGUGUACAACUCACCUAAACACGUCAUGUGUGUGUAUGCCCGAGUGCUUCACCUUGGUAUUUCACAGCAGACACUUGUGUACACUGACCGGCCUGUCGACGUGCGUGUGAGUGUGUCUGCGAGUGUUUGGUCUGCUCACUGCUGAGCGAGGGGCAGCUGGUCCCUCGCAGUGGCGUUCACACACACUGACUGGGUCUUUUCACUGUCCGACUGUCUGCCUGUCUGUCUCUCUGCCGCAGGACGGACGGGCAGACAACACGCCACUUUCUCACAGGCAGGAAUGAUCUUAACAUGUACUGUCUUUUUUAAAGUGACUGUCAAAGUGUAAACAUGUGUGUUUGUACCCAACUAAGCCUGCGUAGCCAAAUAAGACGUGUGUGUGUGUGUGUGUGUGUGAGAGAGAGGGUGGAUUUGUACGUGUGUGAGUGUAGGUAUGCAUGCGUGUUAGUGUAUGUGUGUGAGUGUGUGUGUGUGUGAAGCCCAACGGCGGCUAUACACUACUCUAUGUUUGCCGUUCCCAUUCCUGUUUUUAUACAUUUGCAUUUUUUUAAGGCUGAGUUUCUGUCAUUGGCUGAGUGAGCGAGAGGAGGCGGAUCCUCCACGCCGCCGCCCUGUCACUAAUCUGCCACUCUGUUCCAAAUAAAAAACCUGGUUGGGUAAAUCUC